GUGGAUAAACAAAAAAAAAUGAAAUGUGAAACACUGAUAAUAUUCUUAUUAAGAGCUACCAGAAGUAGUAAGGCAUUACCUCCAAUAUUCUGUUUUUGCAGCUGUUAGCCACUUUUAUAAUUCUUGAUUAAAAAAGAAGAAUCAUGUUUUAAAAAUGUAUUGAGCUAAUGAAACUGUUCCUUAAUAAAAACGCUUUCUUUUUGCUGAAGUUUGAUAAUGAUUCUUUGCCCCCCGGUUCUAAUGACAUAAGAGGGAGAAAAUGAGAAAUUUAUGUACAUUCAAACGACAGGAAGAAGUUGCGCUACUCUUCUAAUGUGGAGGCAAGAAAGGACGGGUGUGCAUGUCUCCAGUGUUUACAUUAAUGGCUACCAAAACGGAGUCAGAUAGCUCUCUUCGAUCGAAGAAAGAACUGACAGAAAAGUUCCUACAGCUUCGAAAACAAGCUCUGGAAGAUGGAGUAUACGAUAGCUACCUCCGUGAGGUGUUUUUAAAACAUGCCAACAAAGGUUCUACGAAGAGAUUCACUUUGUUUGGAUCCAGGAAGUUAUUCAUCGCUAGCGCUGUUUUCGUUGUACUGGGGAUCAUAUAUUACAACUGCCCCUUUACUUAUCAAGAUGUCUUAGACGAAUUUUAUACAAGCAGGUGCUUGGUUGAAAACAGUGCAAUACUUGGGGAGAUUGCCAGACCUCUUGCAGAUUGCGGUAUAUGCCGUGGCUUGAGUGAAGUCCCCAUCAUAAACAACUUAAGUGAGGAAGAAUUUGUUGAAAAAUACGCUUACACGGGCAGACCAGCGUUAGUGAGAGGAGAGACGGGGAACUGGACGGCAUUUGAGGUGUUUUCUUUUGACUACUUCAAGGAGUUAUACACAGAAACCCCAGAUGCAUUUGAGAUAACAGAAAAUGAAUGUCAGUUCUUUUCGUACCAGUCAAGGUUUUCUUCACUGGAGGAAAUGUUUAAUAUGUCCAAAGAGAGGGCAAAUUAUGAGGAAGGACAGGAGCACUGGUAUAUUGGCUGGAGUAAUUGUGUUGCUGAUGUUGCCAAAAAGUUGAGGAAGCAUUAUCAGAAGCCUCACUUUUUACCCAAGGACUCGGAAACCAGCUCUCUGGACUGGAUAUUUAUGGGCUGGUCAGGAGAUGGGGCAGCUAUGCACUUGGACCAGGUCCAGAGGCCGUCCUGGCAGGCCCAGAUCAAGGGAGAGAAGACCUGGUACCUCUUGCCUCCACCAGAGUGUGAAGAUGUCUGCAACGCGCUGGAAGUCACCGUGAAAAAGGGAGAUAUAAUUCUGCUAGAUACUAACCAGUGGUAUCAUUCUACAUAUAUCCACGAGGGAGAGAUGAGUAUCACCAUUGGUUCAGAGUAUGAUUAGACCCAAAUGGCCGAUGAAGCACCCUGAGUUUGUGAGGAAUUAGUAACGUUCAUGACAGACACAGGCUGGGAGGAGGAAACUGAAACUUGGGCUGGCUUUAAGAAAUAUAACAAAGACCAAGAGUGAAGUAGUGUGGAAUUUUUCCCCUGAAGGACUAAAGGAAAAUGUGAUCUCAAGAUAUUCAUACAUUCCAUGCACUGCUUUUUUCAAUUUAAAGUAUAAAUGGGGAUUUAUUCAUUCAGCUGUUUAAAUUUAUGCAAGUGGAAAUGAUAUACUUAAAGUGACUGUAUCAGUAUUGUUGAUACUUACUCGAUUUUAAAUAUGAUGCAGUGUUAUAGACAUAAAGAGCUAUUGCAAUUAUUUUUAAACUGCUUGCAACUUUUUUAUUUGAUUUUUAAAGUUACUUUAUAGCUGAAUGUUUUCUGCCUAUAAGCUAGGCUGUGUGUAGAAUUAUAUUUUUACAGAGGACUAUUAAAUAUAUUAUUACUUUA